CUUUUUUCCCCCAGCAUGGCCCCCAAACACCAGUCUUCUCUUCCACCCCAAGCGAAGAAACUGAAGAAAGCCAGACCGACUCCUGCCUCCAGGCCAGACGAGGCAUCUGCUUCUUCAAAUUUGCCGAAGGAAGAAAAAGAACAGCAAGAAGCAAUUGAACAUAUUGAUGAAGUACAAAAUGAAAUAGACAGACUUAAUGAACAAGCCAGUGAGGAGAUUUUGAAAGUAGAACAGAAAUAUAACAAACUCCGCCAACCAUUUUUUCAGAAGAGGUCAGAAUUGAUCGCCAAAAUCCCCAAUUUUUGGGUAACAACAUUUGUUAACCAUCCACAAGUGUCUGCACUGCUUGGGGAGGAGGAUGAAGAGGCGCUACAUUGUUUGACAAGAGUUGAAGUGACAGAAUUUGAAGACAUUAAAUCAGGUUACAGAAUAGAUUUUUAUUUUGAUGAAAACCCUUACUUCGAAAAUAAAAUUCUCUCCAAAGAAUUUCAUCUGAAUGAGAGUGGUGACCCAUCUUCAAAGUCCACUGAAAUCAAAUGGAAAUCUGGAAAGGAUUUGACGAAACGAUCAAGUCAAACACAGAAUAAAGCCAGCAGGAAGAGACAGCAUGAGGAACCAGAAAGCUUCUUCACCUGGUUUACUGAUCAUUCUGAUGCAGGUGCAAAUGAAUUAGGAGAGGUCAUCAAAGAUGAUAUUUGGCCAAAUCCGUUACAGUACUACUUGGUUCCUGACAUGGAUGAUGAGGAAGGGGAAGGAGAAGAGGAUGACGACGAUGAUGAAGAGGAGGAAGGAUUGGAAGAUAUUGAUGAAGAAGGGGAUGAGGAUGAAGGUGAAGAAGAUGAAGAUGAUGAUGAGGGGGAGGAAGGAGAGGAAGAUGAAGGAGAAGAUGACUAAUGGAACACUGAUGGAUUCCAACCUUUUUUAAUUUUCUCCAGUCCCUGGGAGCAAGUUGCAGUCUUUUUUUUUUUUUUUUUU